UUAGAAGAGGAGGGUGUACAUUGGGAAUCUCAAGUCAGACAUCGAGUCAAGAUGUGGUAGAGUCACUUUUUCAUCAGGAGUUGAAUAUCACCAAUAUUUGAAUGUGGAAGGAGAAAUGUUUAUCUGUUCUGUUUGAGGGAAGAUGUGCCAAACGGUAAUGUGACUGGAAAAGCACCGAGACAUACAACGGGAGUGUGUUUGCUAGUGAACUGACUGUAGAAAUAGCUUUAAUCAUUUACGCAGGUUGAGUGAGAGUGUUCCAUUGAACUGUUUGUGGAAAGAGCUUUAACCAAUUCUAUCAACUGAAAAGGAAAUUAUACUAUUGAAGUGUAGAGAGAUCUUGUGUGUGGACAAGACUUCACCUGAUCGACGGUCUUUAAGAGAAACAAGAACACCUCACCAUGGAAAAACCAUGGAAAUGCGGAGAUUGUGGGAAGAAAUUCAAAUACCCGUCCUGGCUGGAAGAUCAUCGACGCAGGCACACUGUUGAGACGUCGUUCCCCUGCUCAGUGUGUGGAAAGGGAUUCACUCGGUCAUCUACCCUGCAGAAACAUCAGCGAAUUCACACUGGAGAAAAGCCAUUCACCUGCACUCAGUGUGGAAAGAGUUUCAGGCAAUCGGACAACCUCAUUUCACACCAGCGAGUUCAUACUGGGGAGAGGCCUUUCUUGUGCUCCAAUUGUGGGAAAACAUUUACUGGCUUAUCUCCCCUUAUUUCACACCAACGACUUCACACUGGAGAGAAGCCCUUCAUAUGCCCUGACUGUGGAAAGGGAUUUUCUCGGUCAGCCAACCUGCUGUCGCAUCAGCGGGUUCACACUGAUGAAAAACCCUUCAUCUGCUCUCACUGUGGAAAGUGUUUCAGGCACUCAUCCAACCUCACUGCACACCAGCGAGUUCACACCGGCGAGAGGCCAUUCGUUUGCUCCAAGUGUGAAAAAGCAUUCACUCAUUUGUCUAGCCUCAUUUCACACCAGCGGAUUCAUACUGGGGAGAAACCCUUCUCUUGCUCUGUGUGUGGGAAAGGAUUCACUCAGUCGGGCAACUUGGUUGUACACCAGGGAGUUCACACUGAGGAGAAACCAUUCACCUGCUCCAAGUGUGGAAAAGGAUUCACUCGAUCAGCCAGCCUCACCUUACACCAGCGA